CGCAAUUUUUUUUAAAAAAGUAUUCUUAUCAGUGUCAUACGUAUUACCGACUGACAAUUGGCACGCAAAUCAAGAUAGAAAAAAGUCAGCAGUCAGCAUGCUGACGUAAUAAUCAUCAAUAGAUAAUCAUUACGGGUCACUGAAGAAGACCCGUUUAAGACUUUCCCGGCGAACUCUCCCCCAAUUCAUCAAAAUCCCCAAACAUCCUCGUCUUCUCCGAAUUCCAAUUACCUCCAAUGGCACCGCAAAACCCUAACCCUAAUCCCCGCGAUUUCCUUCUCCAUCUCGAAUCCUACCUCUCCAAACGCGACGGCGUUGACAAAUUACUCAAAAUCUCCCGUUACGCAUCCAAAAUCAUCCUCUCAUCCUCCGUUAUGUCCGACUCCUCGACGUUAUCUCUCCGUCUUAAAUCCUUCGAAUCCAGCGUCGGCGUUAGCCGUAAAGCAUUCCGUCUCGGUAAGUUCGUGCAAGACGUUAACGCUUUCCGUUCGAGUAACGUUAGUACAAAAGAAGAGUUGAUUUUGUUGAUUUUAGCUUAUGGAGGUGAGGGGAUUUACUAUUUCGUUGAGCAAUUUGUUUGGUUAGGUAAAGCGGGGUUAAUUGAUAAGAAAAAUCUGAGUGUUUUGCAGAAAAUUAGUGCGUGGUGUGAGUUUAUUGGGUAUAUUGGAAGUGUGAGUUUGAAGGUUAAGGAAUUGAGGCAAGUUGGGGAGGAUGAGGAGUGUUUGAAAUCGACGAUUGAGGUAUCCACAAUUAGGGGAAUUGGGUAUGAUGAUGAAAUGGAGAAAUUGAGGAAAUUGAGGUUGAAAAAGAUGAUGAAGAGGUUAUCUGUAGUUCAAGAUUUUGCUGAUGGGUUAAUGGCUUUAGCGGAUAUUAGGGAUGGGAAAGGGGUGCUUUCUGCGCCGUUGUUGUUGUCGUCAGCCGGGUUGUUGUCAGCUCUUAUUAGCACACAUAAGAAUUGGAUUUCUUGCUGAUUUGGAAGUUUAUGUUGUCGUAGGGUUAGUUAAUGAUAAGGAUUAGUUUUUUAAAGCAAUGUAGUUUGUUUUUUCGCAAAAUAAGAAGAACUUGAGUCGGUUACAGAAGAUUAGUGCGCGGUGUGAGUUUAUUGGGUGUAUGGUAAGUGGGAGUUUGAAGUUUAAGGAAUUAAGGCAAAUUAGUGAAGAUGAGGACGCUUUGGACUAUUGAGGUAUCGAUAAUCAGGGGAUUUGGGUAUGCUGAGGAAAUGGAAACUGAGAAAGUUGAUGAUGAGGUUAUGUAUAGUUCAAGAUUUUGCUGAUGGGUUAAUGGCUUUAGCUGAUAUUGGGGAUGGGAAAGGGGUGCUUUCUGCACCGUUGUUGCUGUUGUCAUCAGCUGGGUUGUUGUCAGCGCUUAUUAUCACACAUAAGAAUUGGAUUUCUUGCUGAUCUUCCAUAUCUGGAUUUGGAGGUAUAUUUGUGCUUAAUCAAGUGGAAUUUUAUGUUAUUCGUAGGAUUAGUUAACGAUAAAGAUAACGCUUUUUAAAGCAAUGUAAUUUGUUUUCCCUAAAAUAAGAAGGGAAUUGGGAGGUAUACAAGAGAUGUCAAGUUAUCUUGUUUCAGAUAGAAAUUUAUAUCUGAAAGAUAGUUACUUUGUUACUCAUAAUAAUUUUUUUUGAUAAUGAAAGCGUCUGGCUUUUGAUAGUGUUCUUAAA